CCGCGGAGGCCGCCGCCAUGUUCGCGGGGCUGCAGGAGCUGGGGGUGGCUAACGGGGAGGACCUGAAGGAGACGCUGACCAACUGCACCGAGCCGCUCAAGGCCAUCGAGCAGUUCCAGACAGAAAAUGGAGUCCUCCUGCCCUCUCUCCAGUCUGCUCUGCCAUUCUUGGACCUCCAUGGUACUCCUAGGCUGGAAUUUCAUCAGUCUGUAUUUGAUGAGCUGAGAGAGAAAUUGCUAGAGAGAGUUUCAGCCAUUGCCUCGGAAGGAAAGGUUGAGGAAAGAUACAAAAAGCUGGAGGAUCUGCUGGAGAAAAGCUUUUCCUUGGUCAAGAUGCCGUCUAUACAGCCUGUGGUGAUGUGUGUCAUGAAACACCUGCCCAAGGUCCCUGAAAAGAAACUGAAGUUAGUGAUGGCGGAUAAGGAUUUAUACAAAGCAUGUGCCGUGGAGGUGAAGCGCCAGAUCUGGCAGGAUAACCAAGCUCUGUUUGGCGAUGAGGUGUCCCCAUUGCUGAAACAGUACAUCCUGGAGAAAGAAAACACUCUCUUUAGUAAUGAUCUCUCUGUCUUGCACAACUUCUUCAGUCCCUCUCCAAAAACGAGACGUCAGGGAGAGGUGGUUCAGAAGCUGACCCAGAUGAUUGGGAAGAAUGUGAAGCUAUAUGACAUGGUGCUACAGUUCCUAAGAACAUUGUUCCUUCGGACAAGGAAUGUCCAUUACUGCACGCUACGGGCAGAGCUCCUGAUGUCACUGCAUGACCUGGACAUCAGCGAGAUCUGUACUGUUGACCCCUGUCACAAGUUCACCUGGUGCUUAGAUGCCUGCAUUCGGGAGAAGUUUGUGGAUAACAAGAGAGCUCGAGAGCUGCAAGGGUUCCUGGACGGAGUGAAGAAAGGACAAGAACAAGUAUUGGGAGAUUUAUCAAUGAUCUUGUGUGAUCCCUUUGCCAUUAACACCUUAGCUCUGAGUACCAUACGGCAUCUGCAAGAGCUGGUUGGGCAAGACACCUUACCCAGGGAAAGCCCAGACCUCUUGCUGCUGUUAAGGAUGCUGUCUCUGGGACAGGGGGCCUGGGACAUGAUUGACAGUCAAGUCUUCAGGGAGCCUAAAAUGGAACAUGAGUUGAUCACCAAGUUCUUGCCAAUGCUGAUGUCCUUUGUGGUGGAUGACUACACAUUCAACGUAGAUCAGAAACUGCCAUCAGAAGAGAAAGGGCCAAUUCCCUACCCCAGCACCAUUCCCGAAGCUUUCACCAAAUUCCUCCAGGAGCAUAGAAUAGCCUGUGAGGUUGGGCUAUAUUACAUACUUCACAUAACUAAACAGAGGAACAAGAAUGCUUUUCUCAGGCUCCUGCCAGCACUAGUCGAGACAUUCAGUGACCUGGCCUUCAGUGAUAUUUUCCUGCACCUGCUCACCGGUAACCUCACGUUGCUGGCUGAUGAAUUUGCGCUGGAGGACUUCUGUACUAGUCUCUUCGAUGGCUUCUUCCUCACUGCCUGCUCAAGAAAAGAGAAUGUCCAUAGACACAUGCUAAGAUUGCUACUUCACCUGCAUCACAAAGUGGCACCAGCCAAAUUAGAAUCACUCCAGAAGGCUUUGGAACCUACCAAGCAGAGCGGCGAAGCUGUGAAGGAUCUUUAUAACCAGCUCAGCGAGAAACUGGAGCUUCGCAAACCCAGUCCAGCCCAGGUGGCUGAAACUCCAUCCAUGGAACUGACUUUGCCCACAGUGCCCACCCCAGCCUCGCUCUGAGCCACAUGAGCGGGACUCUGAGCUAAGAGAAACUAACCUUUGCGUCCUGCAGAGUGGAGGCGUUUCAAUGUGUCUCUGGCUACCAUGGUGGAAACUUACCUAAAGCCACUGAGCCUUUUGCAGAAGCAGGACAUUGUCAGACACUGCAGUUUGUCCUUGAGCACUGUCUCUUGCUGGCUAGAAGGCUCAGUAUGCAGUGUAUUGCAUAGGUUUACUUUGCCUAAGGAUAGCUAGGUGGCUUCUUGUGGAUCUACUCAGCUUGUAUGAUUUUUUUUUUUCCAAAAGACAAGUCUUGUUUUUAAACUUUGUAUCUUCUUGCAUUUUUAGACUUAGUUUUCUGGGGCAGUAAAAACCCAGUUGUGUAAUCAGGCAGAGGGAGCGAACCCUUGAAGUCUGAGCAAUUUCGCGCUUUGUCCCCAGCUUGCUUCUUUGGGUCUUUAAAGCUGAGAGAUGGUUCUCAACAAAAGGGAACAAGGCUGCAGAUUUUAUACUUUGUUCAAAACUGGUGCUUCCCUGUGACCUCAUGGAGACCAGGGCUGUGCAUACCUGUUGGUCAAUCCCCAUGGGAGCAGGACAGGCAGGGCGGGGCCUAGUUCCAGCUCCCUCGUUGGGUUUGUGGAUCACUCUCAGACAUAGUGGGCAACAUAGUUGAGGUGCACCUGGCAAGUUAGGCACCUGCUUCUGAUGUCAGGGGUUGGCUGUUCACCAACCUGAUCCCCAGCUUAUUCCACGGCAACUGGUAAUUGGCAGUCGUCCCAGACCUUGGACAGCAGCCCAGGUAGGAAGGAGAGGAGAGGGUUGGAAAAGCUCAGGAGUUUCAAUUUAAAGGCUGCUUUUUGUGAACCCAGAGUCACAGACAGGCUGCACCUCCCAUCCCUCUCACAUCUCCCCUCAAUAUUUGUACCCAUCUCCCAAGCUUAGGCUGGUUGGCUCUCUUUGCACUGAAGAGCCUGCACGAGGUCACCCCCCUUCAUCCCCACAUGAUGCUGCCCUGAUGCUGUGGCAGCAUCUACCAGGGCCAUCACUGGGACCCAGAAACUCAGGACAUUCAUUAGGAACGGGGCAGACGUGUUGAGUUGCUGCCAGCAGAUGACUGAAGUCCCCAGUCCAAAGUGAGCAGUGCCUGAUACUCCCUGUGGUCCAAAGACCAUAGAAUUGUAGGACUGGAAGGGACAUCAAGAGGUCUUCUAGUCCAGUACAGCCCAUGGCCAACUGCGGGACCCUUGAGGCUCCCUACUGGCCAAGCUGCCAUUUGCCACCUCUUGCGUCAUUGGUCGAGGGGGCUCUGGCUGCCUGCCACUGAAGUGGAGCAAUGGAACGCAGAUAUCAGUGUGGGCUGGCCCCUUGGAGGCUAGCUGCACUGAGCAGAGGGCCACCCAAGUCACCUCACUCCAUGCAUGUGGUGGUUAGUCACUUGGAGAUGGCUUGCAUGAGUCAACGUACCACCGGAGGGGCCAUGGGCUCAUAACAAGACUAUCCCUGCCCUCAGGAGCUUGCCACCUAAGACACGAGACAACAAAGGGCUGCACCAGAGAGACGGGAGUACCAGGAAACAGUGGUCAGCAUGGAAAGUAGCAGCCACAGCACAGCAGCUGCCUAACCACUGUCAAGUCUUUUUUGUAGACCUCACUGCAGAGGAAGAGCCUGCAGGAGGAAAGACCUUGCACCUGUUUUAUGGGGAGCUACUCCCAUGUUAGAGGGGUGGCAUGGGAGGAAGUGUGUGUAUGCCAGGAUGGGGUUUGCUAGAGCCACACACUCAAUUUCUACCUCCAGGACACAGCUCUAUAAUAAAAACACCUAGUUGUUCUCAAGCGCUUUCAUCACUAGCUUUUAAAGCGCUUUACAAAGGAGGUCAGCGUCAUCAUCAUCAUUCCCAUUUCACUGGGGAAACUGAGGAACAAAGCGUUGAUGUGAUUUACCUGAGGUCACCUAGCAGGUCAGUGGCAGAGCUGUGCCUAGAGCCCAGGUCUCCCAAGUCCCAGUCCAGUGCUCUCUCUAGUCUCUCCUUCCCCCCCGCUCUGGUGUACUGGGGCGAGGCCAUGCUUGGGGCAGUCACUCAGGAUUAGUGCUGCAGUAGCGCUAGUUGCUUUAGGACUCCUCCUGUCCCCCUGCUGCAGCACAACCCACCUCUGUGCUGCUACACCAGUAAUCCUGCUCCCAGUGCACCCUCGUCCCCAUUCCAUAUGCUGCUAACUACCCUGUGGCACAUCCCCUCCCUGGCCCCCUGUCAUCUGGGAAGGGAGAGCAAGGAGCGAUGGUAUCUGAGGCUGACUGCAGACAAGAGGGAGACCAUGGAUCUGAAGCUGUUGGAAGAGCUGCUCUCCUGCCAGAGUUUCCCCAGCUAGUAAGUCACUGAUAGUCGACCAGCCUGCAUGCUGGCCCCAUAUGGUUCCCCCCAGUGACCACCGCACACCCCUCUGUCCCAUCUCCCCAGCUGCUUCCCUUGCUUGGCCACCCUCCUUCCCUGGCUCGGGUUUGGUUGGGGAGGGGGCACCUUGGCAGCAGUAGAGAAUGGAAGCAGCUGCAUAAUCCAUACCCAGUCAGGUUGGCUUGUUGCAAAAGGAAAAGACAAAAUACAAAAUGUUGACGCUCAAAUAGCUUGUAUGAUGCACUGAUUGACGCAAUAAGGGUUAUGCCUUCAAAAUACUGAAGUUACGAAUUUCUUUGUUAAGUUACAGAAGAGCAAAAAGAAGGGAGACACUCUGGGUAGAGUAUCAAGAAUGGGCAAUUUUCAAAUAUUUAUUUUUUAAAAUUAGAUAAUUUUUCUAAAAGUGAACAGCCUAGAGAGUCUGCUGCUAUCCACAGCUACUGCUAUGCAGACUUGGAGAUGAAAACACUUUCAUUUUAUUGCCUGCAAUUACAAAAACUUCUGCUUUAAGGGAAAUCUCAACACAGCCUCAACUAGAAGUUGUGUCCAUGAUGCGUGUUCUUUCUCUCUCUCUCUCUCUGUUCCCCCUGGCUCUGAGUGCAGACUUCAGAACUCUGGUUAUUGCUUCAGAGUUCCUGUCUGCAGUGGAUCUUUUCCUUUCCUUUGGUCUUAAUACGUUCUUGUAUUGGAUCUUGCCAUACUUGACUCACCUGGCAAAAUAAAACUAGACUAUAAAGCA